AUGGCCGAUGAUUUAGCGAAUAGAUAUGAGAAACUUAAUCUCAACGAGAAGGAGGUAGCAGUAGUAGAUGUGAGUGAGGUUGCCUCAACCGAACAAGAAGAAAAACUUUCCCUGAUGUUGGUGGGUAGAUUGUUAAGAGAUAGAGGAGUGAAUUUCGAGGCUUUCAAGCGUACGAUAACUCAAUCAUGGGCGAUGAAGGGGAGGGUUGUAAUUCGAAGCACUGGAAAUAAUCUAUAUGUAUUCCAAUUCUUUCAUUGGAGGGAUAAGGAAAAAGUGAUGGAUGGAAGACCGUGGUGCUUUGAACAGAAUUUACUCUUGCUCAAUUCCAUUAAAGGGGAUGAGCAACCAACUGAUGUAAUCCUUACUCAUUCCCCUUUCUGGGUUCGUUUAGAAAACCUUCCUUUUAAUUGUCAAUCUAAUGAGCAUGUGAGAGCAAUUGCGUCAACGCUAGGGGAAGUGAUGGAGAUCGAAGACGAAACCCUAUCAAUAUGCAAGAAUAGGAGAGUGAAGGUGGAAUUGGACGUCCGAGAACCUCUGCGCAGGAUUCAGAGCAUAAAAACCAAAGAGGGUAAUAUCGCUCGUAUAAACUUAAAAUAUGAGCGUCUACCAUUCUUUUUCUUCUUGUGCGGGAGAAUGGGACAUAGUGAGAAGGAUUGUAUCACUGCCCACGAAGAGGCUGAAACGAAUGGUUUUGGGUGGGGACUAUGGCUGAAAGCCUCACCUAUGAAGGGGAGGAGAAUGGAGGGAGAGGAGAUGAAGGAACUCAAUUCUGGCAAAAAGCUGAAUUUUGUCGUGAAGGAAACGAUAGAUAGUGGACAUAAGGUAGUUAAUCCGGUUACAGGGGAGCAGUUUAGUGGAGGGCCACUACAUUACCUGACAUCAAAUGUGGGGGACCAAGAUGGAGUUGAGGGUAUUGACAGGAUGGUGGGGGUAGAGGAGGGAGGAGAUGUGGAGCCUCUGGGUAAGGGCUCCAUGCUUUCGGAGGUGCAGCAAGGCGUGGGGGGUGCACUGAAGUGGAGUGAGAUACUAGCAGGGGCUGAACUAAAUACGGGGCUAGGGGAAGGAGCUAUGGGGAAUAAGAUUGGUAUGGCGGUUUUGUUUAACAUGGGCACAGUAGGGGAACAACAAAAGGUAGUGGGUGGGAAGAGAGAGCGAGUUCGGAGGAAAUGUGGAUUUACAGAAGGUGUAGAGGUAAGCAGUAGUGGCAGAGCUGGUGGUCUUGCUCUUUGGUGGAGAGAUAUAAUGGUAAAUAUGAUUUCUUUCUCCCAGAACCAUAUAGCGGUGGAUGUUGUAGGAACUGACAAUAACCCUGUGUGGAGGGCGAUUGGUGUAUAUGGGUGGCCGGAGAAGGAACAUAAGCACAAAACAUGGAGUCUGUUAAAGAAUCUGUACAACUCCUAUGAGUAUCCAGUGGUCUUUUUUGGCGACUUUAAUGAAAUUCUAACAGAAGAUGAGAAGGUGGGAGGUGUUCCGAGAGCUGAACGGUGUAUGGAUGGGUUUCGCGAGGCAAUGGAUAGUAUGGGUGUGAGAGACUUGGGAUUUAAAGGAUGCAAAUUUACAUGGCAGAGAGGCUUAUCGGUCUCAAAUCUUGUCAGGGAGAGAUUGGAUAGAGGCUUGGCUAGUGGAGGUUGGUGUACCCUAUUUCCUGGUGCAAGUGUCAUCAAUUCUCCUAUUGUUGUAAAACUCUUUGAUCAUGGCCCUAUUGUCAUCAAGGUGGAUGGUAGUACAGAUGGUGGAAGGGACAAGAAGUUAUUCAUAUUUGAGAAACACUGGCUUUCGAGAACUGAGUGUGAGGGUGUUGUUAAAGACUACUGGAGUAGCGCCUACAAUGACCCAAUACAAACAAAAAUUGCAGGGUGUGCGGCUGCUCUCAGCUCAUGGGCUGGUAAGACCUUUGGUGAUAUUAAGAAGAGAAAGAGGAAGGCGGAGGAAGAGCUCAAAGAAAUACAGAAGGGUGUAAUGGAUGAUGUUGGGCUGUCCCGAUGCAAACGCCUAUCAGAAAAGUUAGCUGAACUUCGUUUGAUGGAGGAAUCGUACUGGUAUAGCAGGGCUCGUGCGUGGACCUCAGAUGGAGAAGAGGCUUUAAAGGGGUUGUCUUGUAUGAUUACAAAGGAGAUGAACCAAACACUUUGCACUGUUCCCACAAGUGAGGAGAUAUCUAAAGCUCUAUUUGAAAUGCAUCCUAACAAAGCUCCUGGGAUUGAUGGUUUGCACGCUCUCUUUUAUCAGAAGUUUUGGCAUAUUGUUGGCAAUGAUAUCAUUAAUUUUAUUAUUGAUUGGUGGUAUUAUGAACUGGAUAUUUCGGAUAUUGGAAAGACUUGCAUUGUCCUUAUACCGAAAUGUCAUGACCCCCGUAAAAUUACAGAAUACAGACCAAUCAACCUUUGCAAUGUAGUGUAUAAAAUAAUAUCUAAAAUGUUGGCCAACCGUCUGAAACCUCUGCUAAAAAACAUCAUAUCCCCACAACAAAGUGCCUUUGUCCCUGGAAGACUUAUCACCGACAAUGCCCUUGUUGCGUUUGAAAUUUUUCACUACAUGAAAAGGAGGGGUGAUGGGAGACAUGGGACUAUUGCUUUGAAACUUGACAUGAUGAAGGCGUAUGACCGGGUGGAAUGGAGCUUUCUAGAGAAGGUUAUGCAAAGACUUGGUUUUUGUGAAUUCUGGGUUCAAAAACUAAUGAGAUGCCUUUCUUGUUACUCUUUCCAAAUCAAAGCAAAUGGGGAGAUUUUUGGGAAUAUUACUCCUACGAGAGGUCUUCGGCAGGGGGACCCUAUAUCACCAUAUUUGUUCCUGUUUGUAGCUGAUGCUUUUUCUAGAUUCUUAUCUUACAGUGCAGACGAAGGCUUAAUUCAUGGGGUGAAGGUAUGUCAUGGUGCUCCUCGUAUAUCUCACUUGUUUUUUGCGGACGAUAGCAUCCUUUUCUCUAGAGCUAACACAAAUGAAUGCUCCAAGAUUGCAAAUAUUCUCACUACUUUCGAGUCUGCGUCUGGUCAAAAACUCAAUCUCAGUAAGUCGGAGGUGUCUUUCAGCAAGAAUGUGAUGCUGGAUAAGAGGAAAGAUAUUUGUGAGUUACUUGGUGUUGGGGAGGUGGAAAAACAUGAGAAAUAUUUGGGUAUACCUACCAUUAUCGGCAAAUCAAAGAAGAUUAUCUUUGCAAGUCUAUAG